AUGUGGGCCCUGUCCCUCUGCCUCGGGAGGACAAAGCGGGGCCCUACGGCCAACGGCACACCCGCACAGCUCCCAGUCAGUUCUCAGACCCGCCAGCCCAAGAACCCAUCCACAACCGCGCCCGUAGUGCUCGACCAUGCCUUCUUGCCGCACAUCAUGGACGCGAUCCUCCUACACGCCCCGCCCGCCUCCCUCGCCGUCCUUCGCGCGACAAGUCGAACGAUGCAACAGCUCAGCGGAGAACGGCUUUACGCGCACAUCGUUGCUCGCCAGCAGUCGGACGGGUCGAUCGACUUGUCCUCUCCGGCCGGUGACCGCGUCCCGGGGCUCAAGUACGACGCUGACGCCACAACAAUCGACAUCGCGUGUACUUUGCACCGGAUACACACGUACACGCGCAUCGUCGACGUCGACAUGUUCCCGUCGUUCAAUGCAAAGGCUACCGACUCGGCGCCUCGCGCAGAGUGGAGCAUCGCCGCUGCGUUGCGCGGGGUCCACCUCCUCCGCCGGCUCGACAGCUCACCGCUCGCCGUGUCCCUGUACGACCUCAAGGCGACGAUGACGGCCCAGGCGCGCCUAGUGCCGCUGGUGACGGAGAUCGAGGUCGCGCACCUCCACCUCGCGAGCCUUCUCCCGCACGCGUCCCUCCUCCCAGACUGGUGCACGACCGUCGCGCUCCCCGGUGGCGUGCGCACGGCUGUGGUCGUCGUGCACGUUCCCGACGACUGGCUCCUAGACGACGAGAGCGUCCCGCACGUCUUCGCGAACGCGCUCCAACUCGUCAUUGUGCUCUGUCCUUCAUCGCCGCAAAAGCCUAUCAACCUCCACACCACACUACGCCUCAUCGCCCGCCUCGUGAUGCACUACUUCUACCCAGGCGACGGGGGCGUCGCGGCGCCCAACAUCGCUAUCGGGCCGCUCGAGGCAUUCGACGGCACCUCGUUCCCCCCCGACGUGCGCGACGAGGAUCGGGCGACCCAACUCCUCGGCGAUUUGAAGGCGACGGCCGAGGCAACGCUGCCUGAUUUUGACGGUGACCCGCGUGAUAUCGUGUCGUUUGUGUCGCUGUCUGAGCUGCAGAAGGUGCACACCAAGGAUCAUAUCGCCCGCCUUCCGGGACUCAAGUACGACGGAUCUGCCUCGGCCCGCGAAAUCGACGCCACCCUCUUCAGGAUCACGACGUACACCACCAUGGUCGAUGUCGACUUCACCCCGCCGCUGGGGUACAACCAAACCUGGGACCCCCGCACCAUCGCCACGCUCACCGAGGUGCUUGACGAGGUCACGCUCAUCCGCCGACUCGACGCACACUCACUCAAGGGCCCGCAGGCCGACAUCGGCAGCGUGUGGGCACAGAAGAUUGCGACGGUGCCGUCCCUCAACACGACUUGGGAGAUCGUGUACCUCAACCUCCAAGCGUAUGCCGACAACGAGCACACUAUCCCGCGUAACUGGUGCAGCGCCGUCAUCGUCACGGCGACUGUCAACGUCGCUAUGCUCGUCCUCGAUAUUCCCGAAGGGGGAUCAACCAUUGAGCGGCUCACGGCAUGCAGCGUCCCCUUCGUCUUCGCCAACGCCGCGAAUCUCGUACUCGUGGUCAGCAACCCAGCCUCGAACUACCCGUUCCUCGACGUGUCAAGCCUUAUUCUCCGUUUCCUAGACGUCCUCGUGUCGCAUUUCAUACAGGCAUCAGUGUGCAACUCAGCAGAAGACUGCCCCAACAUCUUCAUUGGCCCCAUUGAAGCGUUCGAUGACACAUUCUUCAGCGAUGGCGUUUCCGACAAGGACAAGGGGGACGAGUUGCUUGAGAACCCGGCAACCGUUCCCCUCCCCUCCGUGUCUCUGGACCACACCUUCCUCCCGCACAUCUUCGACCGCAUCUUUGCAUUCGCGCCGCCCUCGGCGCUCAUCUACCUGCGCGCGGCGCCGCGCGCCAUGGCGGCGCGGUGCGAUGCCGCGCUGUACCGGCACAUGCGGAUCAAUCUGCGCCCUACCGCCCCCACUGCGUCCACGGCCGCGAGUUACGCGGUCGAGUUCCGCACCCCGGACGCGGCGCGCCUUCGUGUGCCGGGGAUGAACUGGACGGCGGGCGAGUCCAUGUGCCUGCACGUCCUGCGCACUGCAACCCGCGUGCUCGACAUCGAGCUGUUCCACGACGACGGGCUCAACGACUGGGUGCGAUUCCUGCGCUCGGCCGAGGACUUGCGCCGUGUCCUCGGCAGUGUCGAGAUCCUCCGCCGUGUUUAUGGCACCUUGGCCGUGCCGGUGCCCGUUGAGGCGCCCAACGCCGUCUUUGGAAGGGGUACUGGUUGGCGAUGA